AUGAGCGCCGAUAACCCGGUUCUCGUUGACGAUGGUUGGCCACCUCCUGCUGUACCGCCCGUGCCGGAAGAACAGCCACAACGCGACCCGGACACGUUUCUGGCCACUGUCAUAGGCCUUCUACCGGAUCUAUGUCCAGAGUACGCCCACCAGCAUGGUCAUGAAUACGGAUGGGAUCCAGAACUGUUCCUCAACCGAGUUUUAGAGGAAGAUGGCAACGGCACCAAAUAUCCAAGGCGCGUCAAGAAAAGGAAACGAGACGGCGAGGAUGUGGGCGACCACGCGAAAGAGUCGAAGCUGCAGAGACUUCGCAAAACAUAUGAGGGACACGUAUCGGACCACAGAGGCGACCACCAUUAUAUCCGCGUCGGCCGGUCACUUCUCGUAGAAGCUUUUCCCAAAGCAUAUGUAGCCGACAUCAUGGACGCUUUGGGGGCGCACAACUUUUCGAUCUACCACGCGUACUCAGCCUUACAUGAGGAUUUUUCGAAACUGCACAGUUUCACCUUACGCAGAAAACCGGCUUCCAAACACAAGAAAACCAUCGAAGAGAUAGGAAUCUACAAUAGAGAUCCCACUCCCCAAGGCACAGAGGCAGAGCAACAAUUUCUCGCAGCACAGGAGGUAUGUUCAGCAAAAUUAGCCAAGGACACCGUGGAAGAAGCCCGGGAGAGAGAGGAGAAGGAAAACUUCGAAAAGGCGAAAGCGGAAGGCGCCAUCACCGAAUGCGAGUGUUGCUUUGACGAACUUCCCUACAAUCGCAUGGCGCACUGCGAUGGUGACUCGCCUCACUGGUUCUGCUAUGACUGCGCUCGACGGCAAGCAGAAAAUCAGAUUGGACAGCAGCAGCAUCAUUUAGGUUGCAUGUCUAUGGAUGGCUGCGAGGCAACCUUCUCUAGACAUCAAAAAGACCUGUUUCUGGAUGACCGCCUGAAGCGCACCCUGGAGCUGAUCGAGCAAAACGACAGCAUCCGACGGGCUGGUAUUGAGGGUCUCGAGACUUGUCCAUUCUGCAACUAUGCUGCCGAGUAUCCCCCCAGUGGAGAAACCCACAUCGGCAAGUCCUGCGAGGAGGCGAUGGCUGAAUCAGCCCGUAACAAGGGUGAAGAUGCCAAGCGGAAACUCGAGGAAGCCAGGUCAUUGGCUAUGAUUCGGGAGUGCUACAAAUGCAAAAACCGGCAGCCUUGCGAUUACACCCACUUUGACGAUGUCAACAGAGGCGGCAAAAAGGGCAACUGUCCUCUUUUCGAAAGAGAAUCAUUGGAUGAGAUCCACGACAGGGAGGCUCGGGAAGCAGAGGAAAGGGAACGAAUGAAGCUGCUCGAGGCGGAUCCCAGCAUCAAUGCUCAGGAGCUUGAAAUCAAGUUUGACGAGAAGCUUUUUCCAAAACGCCAGCAACCUGCUCAAGCUAACGGUGUGCAUGUUCCUGGAGCCUACCCCGUUCCACUUCCGGCUCGAGUGCAGCAUGUGCUUGCGGAUGCGAUAGCGCGACGCAGGCCAAAUCAGGCCCAUCCAGCCUUGCCAGGAGCUGCUCAUGUUCAGCCCCCGGGACAGGAAGCAGAUUUCCUACACCAGUAUGUCAUGAGACUGCCGCCGGGACCAAUGCGAGAUCGAUUUAUGGAGAGGCUCAGGAUGGGGGGCGGAUACCCGCCACCAGUUCAGCAGCCGGUUCAGCAACAGGAAGGUCAAGUGGCUAACGGCAAUCUUAACCAAGCAAUGAACCGAGGACUUGCAGGCUAUGAUGCCCCUGGCGUCCCUCCAGAUCCCCUGCCCAAACCAAACCCUAAUAAUAAUCCCAAUCUCAAUCGCAGGCCUGUUCCCAAUCCUGCCCCCAACCCUCACCCCCCUGCUGUUCACAAUCGUAAUCACCGUCCCAAUUCUGUCUUCAAUCCAGUCCCGGCACCACCACCGUAUCCAGGAUUUGGACCCCACGCUAUCCAUCACAACCACAAUCACAACCGCUACAUGCUUAAUGCGCAAUUCCCGGCCAAUGUUCACGAAUGGAAUGCAGGCGUUCCGGAUCUCUUCGGCCUCGAACCCGGCCUUAGACCCCUUCCCCCGAACGACGGAUUUGGUCUUCCCCAAAUUGCGGCAGCCCCGGCGCCAAGAAGGGCCGCCCUUCCUCCUCCUGUGGCAGUCAACAAUGAGAGAAUCCCGGGUUUCGACGUGCGAAUCGCUGGCCCAGCCCAGCCGCCAGAGGCGCCAGACCGUCAAGGCCAGGUAGCUCCAAGACCUCCUGGACAGCAGGAACCUGAUGAGUACGAAACAGAGAUAAUACGUCUAUCCCGUGCCAUCCGUGCCCUCGGUGUCCGUACUGGUCUUCUUUCUCCCAACGAGGAGCGGGGUCUUAUUGACCAAGCUCGGGAAGGACUGCUACGUGUAGUGGGUGCCAUCCCUGAUGUCUUCCCUGUUCAGGAACCUGAUGUUGCUCGAAGGAGAAGGGGGGAAAGUACUAUGCGCGCGGAAGCUGGGUCGGAUGCGGAUAUGGAUGACGUCCCUGGUACCCUUGAUCCCAACCAUGAGCCUCGGAGUGCUGCUGAACUGGCUCAGGCGCGUCCCAGAUCUGCUCGGGCGCGUCGCCGAUCCGCUCCCUGA